GCGUGGACCAGCGCCACUUGCAAUCGCGACACCAUUCGCCACAGCCCCCUCCACCCCGGACGCGAUUGCUUCCCGUCCGCGGCCUCCUCGCCGCCUCCGUCGCCGCCUCCUCCUCUUCGGCUCAGGGGGGAGAGCCUCAGAUGGCGGCGAACGCGUCAAAGAAGCAGAGGCCGGAGGAAGAGGCGGAGGAGGAGAUGCACCUGGCGUUCCGGGGCGCCGCGAACGCGCUGUCCCAGGUGUACACGCAUGCCGUCGCGCACCAGAAGGCAUCCUUCCUCGCAGGCGAGCGCCGGGCCAUGGAACAUAUCUACCAGUGGUUGUCCAGUCAGCAUGAAGAAGCUACAGAGGUGCCUGUUGCAGCUGUACUUACAUUCUUGCAGAAUGAGAUUGAGCACCGCACAGAGGAAUCCCUAGCAUCUCCACAGCAUCCAGGCCCACAGCCAGCGUAUAAUGUUGCUGCUGCAAAUGCUCACAGCAAUCCCUUCUCAUUUGGAAACAUAGCUGCUGCACUUGACUGUCGGAUGGAUGAAACUGACCUGACAAGAAACGCCGGCAUCUCAAAUGCUCUUCCCUGCCCUUUACAGCAAAAUUUCCACUCGAAUCAUUUGAUUCAGCCUUCAGGUUAUGGUCCCACGAACUCAUUGCCGAACGUAAAUGGGCCACGGAACAACCACUCGUCACAAAAUCAGGACAUCAUGCAUUACAAUUUGUGAGGCCGCUGUGGAUAUGCACUAUGUUGGUCAUUGAAGGUGAGAACCAUGUGAAGAUUUGAUAGUUCUUUAUGUCGGUCCAUUCAAGUAUUCAAGAUCAGAUUUUCACUAGCUGGAGCCAUUAAAGUCUCAUACUUGUUGGCUGAGGGAGCCCCAUCGAUUCGUGAUGAUGUGUUUGUCAUAUUCUCAUAUAUGACUUGGUUGCCACCAGCGGUGUGUCUUCAUGCAAAGCUCCUGGAAAAUAGAAUUACAAAAUUGUAGACAUUAUCAACCCUUCUGACAGAAUGUACAUGGCACAAGUCCUCUUUUAAGGACAAAUAUGUUGAUUGCCAGAUUGGAAGCAGCAUACUGGCAGUUCUGCCGCCUUCAGUACAAGACUUUUCCUUGUGUACCAAGUGCAAAGCUCUUCUUGCAAAGUCAUGCUCUGGUUCUGAGUAGUUCGGGCGGUGGUUUGUUGUUCUUUAUGAAUUCACUUGCUGCAUUCUGUAAAGCUGCAUUUGCGCACUAGCAUUGUUUCAUCAUUUUUUUUAACUUCAUGGAUUUUGACCAGGAAGACUUGUACCUUUUUUUAUUUCAAAGAGACACUGAAGUGUUGAAAUGCAACAUAUUUAACCAGGAAAAUUGAAUGAGCAUUCUCGAGAACUCUGUCAGAGAAGGUA